AUGGCCAACUCAAUGCAGUACAACCGUGGAAGAUCUGGAGGCCCCACCGAAGAGACUUUGUGGACUCAGCGAGACUCUUCACGUGGACCGACCAGUCGAGUUGACUCGUUCCCCUCCACGAUCGCAGAAGAGCAAUGCGACGACUGCGAGAAGCAAGACGCUGAUCUCGCGUAUUGUAACAUCUGCAAUGUCAAUUAUUGUCCAGUCUGCUGGCCACGUCAAGCGCCUCAUCGAAAGCAACGGCUUGCAUCAGGAAAGGCUACGCAUGAGAAAACCGAACUUGCGCUAGCUAAGAAGAUUCGAAAUGUACUCCUACCAACGAAUAACAUUCACGCAUUAACGCAACUGCACGAGGAUGAUGCGCAGACAGCUUGGUUCGGUAUCGAGCGGCCGCAAGGUGGGGAACUUCCAAUCUUUAAGGACUACGGUCGCUACGAUUACUUGCUCUCAGCUACGGUAGAGGAAUGGAAGGCAAAGGGCGCACAAGGUGGGAGAGAUGGCAGAACCCCUAGCUUAGUGUCCUUUGUCGGACAAUCAGGUGCUGGAAAGAGCUCAUUGAUAAAACUGUUAAUCGACUUGCGAUUGACCAGUUACGAGGCCUGGCCAACACCAGUCGUAGGCGGUACAGGUGUAAUCGAGCCCACCUCCGAGGACGUACAUCUCUACGCUGAUCCAGUCACAGCAAUCACUGAGACACCCAUAUUCUUUGCUGACUGCGAAGGUCUUGCUGGAGGUGAACGAGAACCGAUAAGCGCCAAGGUCAGACGGCAACUGAAAAAGACUAAUGGAGCAAACAACAAACUACCGCAGCCCAUCUCUGAGCGUGAACUUGGGUGGGCAGAUACGAACAGCCUGCGCAGCCGAGAAUUCGCGGUUACCAAUCUAUAUCCACGGCUGUUGUACACAUUCUCCGAUGUAAUUGUGUUUGUUCUCAAGAACCCACGUGUCAUAGAAAGUGUGUUAGAGCAGCUGGUUACUUGGGCAGCAGCAGCUCUCGAGAUGUCUUCCAACCAGCCUGUCCUACCACAUGUCAUUAUUGCACUCAACGCGUGUGACCUCGACAUUGACGAGCUUCAAUGGGAUCCGGACAUCGCUACUGCUUCUGUUCUCGAAUCUCUAUCACGUACAGUUUUCAAGAACGCAGUUUUCAAGAAGUACGCCCAGUUCUGGCGCGAACGACAGCGACAGAUCGAGACUGUGCAGCAGCUAAUUGAAUCAUACUACACCACAAUUAGGGUUGUCCGUAUUCCGACGAAGGAGCGCCCUCCUUUGGUUCAGGCUCAAAUCAAAAGCCUCCACGCCAACAUCACCGUUGCCUGCGAGAUAGCAAGAGACCGGAAGACUGGACUUCGUAUGCUACUCGACGCUGAGGAGCUUCAGUCUUUUUUACAAUGCGCAUUCGAUCACUUCGCCGCUUCCCUUGACCGCCCUUUCGACUUUGUACAAGCCUCAUUCUCGAACAGCCCUAUUCCGUUAGACUUCGGUGGGAACAUACUGAAAUUGGCAAUAAGGAUCAUGCAUGUCUGGCGUAACAAGGCGGAUACCCAGCAGAUCUUCCAGGAGCUCAGUUACAUGGUCGCUUCGUGCAUCAUGUUGGAUUGUGCACGCCAAAAAACACGAGGCACUGCACCAGAUAUAUUCCCACUCUACUUGGCACAUCUUGACGCAGCCUUGGAAAACUUUUGCGACGGUCAUUGGCCUUGUGAGUACGUACAGUCUGCCACAGGUUUGCGUUGUGUCAACGUGAAGAGUGGCCAUGGCUCGAAAGGCCAUCAGACUGCGAACGGCAAGAUCAUUGCAGUCGGAGAAUACACGUCCCGCUGGACCUACGAAACACUUCAUGAAGAGUUCAUCACCAACUCCUACUAUAGACUCGAUGAGCUCCUUAAUCGCCUCAAGCGAAAGAAGACGCCGAGCGAUGAUGAGAUGCAGGUCGCUGCUCAUAUCCACCGAGACGACGUGAUGACCUGGUUCUACAGUCACGUUGCUGGAGACGACAAGUCACAGGGAUACAGCAGCCACUCGGUCUGCUUCUGUUGUCUCUCAGAGCCUCCAGAACAUUGUUUACCAUGUGGUCACGUACUGUGCACCCCAUGUGUCAAAACUUAUGGACAGCAGCACAGUAAGACAGAGGUAGACAUACAGAAAUGUCCUCUGGAUAUUCGUGCUGCCCGCGCGUAUCAGCCAUGGAGAAUACAUUUCAAGCCCGAGUCGGCAGGAGUCCGUGUUCUAACAUUGGAUGGUGGCGGCAUCCGUGGUAUCGUUGAGUUGGAGAUCCUGCAAGGCAUAGAGACUGCUCUCGGGGGUCAAUUGCGCAUUCAAAAUCUCGUCGAUCUUAUUGUGGGAACGAGUACCGGUGGGCUUGUUGGUCUGGGUCUUGCAAGUUGCAAUUGGAGCGUGGCGACCUGCAUCAACAAGUUUAAAGAGCUCUGUGAGAAAGCGUUCACUCGUCGAUUCGGUGGCAAUAUGCCUCUUAUCGGGUGGUUCGUCGACAACAUCAAUCAUUCGAAAUAUGAAACCACCCCUUUGCAGGAAGCUUUACAGACUGCCUUCACGAAAGACCGAUACCUGUUCGGAGGUCAGCGCCUGGAUCAGAACUGGACAUCUCCAGUGAAAGUCGCUGUCACGACCACUUCCUCAUCGUCUUCUCCAGUAGUCCUGGCGAACUAUAAUCGCCGCUGCGAAGGAAAGCUGUCGUAUCAAUUCCAGAGACCCGAGGGCGUCGAGAACGAGCUCAAGACUUGGGAAGCUGCACGAGCAACGUCCGCAGCACCAAGAUAUUUCCGGCCCUAUCUUCACGAAUCUUCCAAGCAGAUAUACAUGGACGGCGCACUCUACCACAAUAAUCCGAUUCGUAUAGCGGACGUCGAAUGGAAGCUGAUCUGGAUUAGGGGUCCCAUCACCCAUCCUGACAUCAUGCUGUCCCUUGGCACGGGGCUGGUUGCAGACCAAGACGAGAAAUCUUUGAAGAGCCCAAUCUCCAAGCGGGGUCUGAUCCGCAACGGGAAGAUGCUUCUGAAGAUUGCCAUGGAUCAUAUCGAAGACGCUCUCGACUGCGAGAAGACCUGGGAUGACUAUAUUAGGCCUCUCGUCCUUCAAGAUUCCUCAUCAAGGUUUAUACGAUACAACGUCGAGCUCAACAGCGAUCUGCCAAGUCUCGAUGAUGUCAAAGCCCUUCAACCGCUGCAAGAAAAAGUAGCGAGAAAAGUCUUCCAAGACCCACGCAUCACCAAUAUAGCAUUUCAACUCGUGGCUACUUGUUUCUAUUUUGAUGUUGAGCGCGUACAGCAAUUUGCACAGAAUGCCGCGAUUGCCUCAGGUCGCCUGUAUUGCCGUUUCUCAGAUGGCUCUCUCGAGAUGCAGGAGUUGGGAAAGCUCAUUCGCACUCAGUCAUAUCGAGACAGGAACCCAUUCUUCCUCGUACGGGAGAAAGGUAUACAUGGCAAAUCUGAACCACGGGAGCUAAGUCCGGAUAUCGUUGGGUCCAUGAUCAAUCAGGGCAAAUUCCCGAUGCGCAAGAUGAACAUCGAAUUGCGCAACAAGCUCUCCGACGUUGAGAUCUAUCUCUUUCUGAAUGAUGUGCAACAGCAUUCCAUCAGUGGGUUUCCCCGUUGUCUGUUCAAUGAUGAAAACGACAAAGCUAAAACGCUACAUCCUCAAGCAAUCAACACACGCCGUUGGGCUGGAAGAUCGAAUAGCAGGAACUACCAACGAAGUUUGUGGACUCCUCCGUCUAGGUCUAAGAUAUCACGGCGCGAGACAAUCUCUUACUACUCCGAUCCAAACCACGUUAUGGGAUACGCUACACGUGAGCAGAUGAAGAAGACUGCGGAGGCUCUAUCGCAAGGCAACGACUCCAAUGUCAACUUGGCGAACCAAAGGUCUUCAGCGAUUAUCACCCCCGGCGUCUGGGAACUGGACUCAAGGACCCUACCUCCAAGACCUCCAGUCGAACUAGAUGCAAACCAGAUCUUUGUAGCAUCUUCCUCGUCAUCCCAGACUCACCGCAGCUCUUCUGACGCUCAUCUGGACCAAAUCAGUCAUACCUCCAAUGAAUCUCUGAGUGCUGUCAGCGUAUUUGAUUCGCUCUACGCAGACCCUAGGGACCAAUCUAGCCGAAGAACAGACUCCGUCGUCAGCCCACCCCCUCCAUAUGUCUCUGAUGUACAACGGAUUCCUCCUGCUGAUAUUGAGUUGGAGAAAGUGGAUGCCCAAACACAUGAAUUCGCUCACUCUCCACCGGCGGAAGCUCCUUCACCUGCAUACAAUAACAGCACUAGACAUAGUGAAGACUAUACUGCUUAUCGUCUUGGGCCUGGCGUCGUGAGAGGAGAUGAUACACGCCCACGAAGUGAGCUACGUGUCCUCACGGAGGAACAGGUGCGCUGGCAAAGAGCAACGAGGCCAGUCGUCCCACUGCGGGAGACGCAAGCUGAAACCACAUCGGCCCUAACUAGCUUGGGAGGACAGGAUACUGCGGAAGUGACUUCGAUUGUUCCGUCACCGGCUCCUUCUCCAGAGAUUGUAUCCGUUGAACGUGUACCCAGUCUGCCACACACACUGCCUCCGCUAGAUGCCUUUGAGACUGUAAGCUUCUCUAUUACUAUGGACGGAAGUGCACCUACAGAUAGUACCGUUUCCCCUUCCAACCACCGAGGUACAAACAACCAGUGGCAUUGGGAUAUCCAAUUCUGA